GGCCCGCUACUUCAGAUGGACAUAUCUAUGUGGUCCUUGUAGUUACUGUGUUGGAGGAAGAUGUGUUGGAGGAAGAUGUGGUGUUGGAGGAAGUGGUGCUGGUGUUAGCAUUGCGGUAAACUAGUCUGAAAAGUAGGAUAAGGAUGAAGAGGAAGCCUAGAGGAGGCGUGGAGGAGGCGUGGAGGAGGCGUGGAGGAGGCGUGGAGGAGGCGUGGAGGAGGCGUGGAGGAGGCGUGGAGGAGGCGUGGGAGGCGUGGAGAAGGUGUGGAGCAGGAGGCGUAGAGAAGGCGUGGAUACGUGGAGGAGGCGUGGAAGAAGCGUGGAGGUGGAGGCGUGUAGAAGGAGGCGUGGAGGAGGAGGUGGUUCGCGGUUGGAGGCGUGGCUAGGGGUGGAGAAAUGGUAGUGGAGGAGGAGGCAGCAGCAGCAGCAGCAGCAGGCAGCAGGAGGCAGCAGCAGGCAGUUGGUGGAGCAGUGUCGGGAGUGCCUCCGUCCGCACCGGUCCAGCGCUGCCGCUCCGUCCGCGCACAGUGCCAAGUGUCCGAGCCUUCACUGCCAGCAUGCUGGGUCAGUGAGUGAGUGUAAGUGCCACCCAGCCAGUUACCAGUGCUAAGUGUCGCAACCAUGGCUAGCCAGGGGUGCUUUAGCCUCCUGACGGUGGUGCUUUUUGCCACUCGAGCCGUGUUUGGCUUCCUCCUGGAGGGUUCGCCAACCUCCUUCGCCCAGUUCCCUCGCUGGAUGCCAGGAGCCAAUGGCUCUCUGGAAUUUGAGUUCCUAACUCGCGAAGCCAAUGGCCUCCUUCUGUAUACAGAUGACGGGGGCUCUUAUGAGUUUUUCGAAUUAAAACUGGUGGAGGGGGCGGUGCGCCUGCACUACAACAUGGGAGGGGGCGCACGGCUUUUAACGGUGGGGCGCGGUCUGAACGACGGUAUCUGGCACCGGGUCAAGGUAUCGCGCCGACACGACCGAACCCACCUCACGGUGGACGGUGUGACCGAAACCCGACUGAUCAAGGCCCUAAACCACGACUUCGGAUCCCCAGACACCAACUCCUUCGUGUACCUGGGCGGCUUGCCCCUCCUGGUCACCAGGCAGGUCGGCUCAAGACUCACGCUUCCCGUGGUCACCUUGGAACCUCGUUUCGCUGGUCAGUUUCGCGAACUGGUGUACACCACGGCUGAUGGGACCUCCCGCACUCAGAACAUGAUCGCUAGUCAGGUAAGAGGCAUUCUCUAUCACUUCUUGGGACCACAUAACUGUUAGUCAAGAAGCAAUAUUUAUAUCUUCUUGGGACUAUACAAUUGGUAUUCAAGAAAUAUUCUUUAUCUCCCUCUGGGACCAAAUUAUUGCUAGUCAAGACGCAUUCUUCUUGGGAUCAUAUAAU